UGGAUACUCCGGUAAUAAUAAUAAUAAAAAGCCCCUACCCGGUGGAUGGGGAUGGAGUCUACGGCACUGGGACCCGGAUUUAUUAACGUGCAAAUCGCUCUGAUAUGAUCACAUACUUUCUGCUUUGCAUACGCAGGGAGCAGCGUGGGCUGAUGGAGUACGAACUAGCCUGGGCGAUCUUUACGAGCUGAAAUCCUGCACAUCGCAGAAGGGUUUGUUUCUCUGCGUUAAAAAAAAAAAAACAAAAAACCAAAAAAACCAACCUGGGAAGCUGUUAGAAACCUGCGUUAAAAAAAAAACCAAACCACCAAGUGAACAAAAUACCCAGACCCAAACGCACCAGACUUCUCCAUGAACUCGCCAUGAAUAUAUUCUUCAUUUUUUUUUUUGACAGAAACCGUGCGUGUAAACUUUUCUCUGGAGGAGCCGAGGAUUUUUGUAGUUGGUCUUGUAGUGUUUUAAAUCUGAGAAAGCAGUAGAGUCUUCUCAGCAGUGAUGAGGGAGUGACAAGUCGGAGAGCUGGGAAGAGGACGUGGAGAACUAGUGGUACGAUUGAUCAGUUCGCUGGAGCUCGUUGUUGAAACUGGACCAGCCUCGGGGUCGGAUGCUGAGUGGGGUGCAGUGCCCUGCCUGCUUCCCGCUGGCUUCCAGAGACUGAGCAGUGAGGGAAAGCAGGCAGUUAAGCAGUUGUUUCCUCAAUAUUGUGGUGGCUGCGCCUAAUUCAGCCUUCCCCGGCGGACGGCACCCAUGGGGGCACAGCGGGCACCCGGCGAGCGUGGGUUCCUGGGAGCGCCCUUGGAGACUGCAAGGAGCUAACGCUCGCUGCCAGAGCCCCCAGAUGGGACUAGAGCCAAGCUCCUGUGCUCUUCGCGGGGAUGAAGGUAGAGCCAUGUUACCUGCUACCUAACCUCGCUGUCGCUGAUGUAGCUUGUGGAUAUGGUCCCGUACCAGGCUUCGCGCACAGACUCUUGGCUCUGAUCCACCCUGAGACAGUUUAGCGGCGGCAAAGAGAUCCCCAGCUGUGGAGCAGGCUCCUCCGACCACCCGGCGACGGAGGGGCUGCAGCGCUGGAGAGUUACUAUGCAGCUUGGACUGUUUGUGGUGGCGGUUUUUCUAAGCUCGAUGGAUCUAACAGGCAGCAGCAAAGUGGUGAAGGGCAAGAGGCAAAGACGAAUUAGCACCGAGCUGAGUCAGGGCUGUGCCAGAGGCUGCGACCUGUGCUCCGAGUUCAAUGGGUGCCUGAGAUGUUCCCCCAAACUCUUCAUCCUUCUGGAGAGGAAUGAUAUCCGUCAAAUUGGGAUUUGCUUACCCUCUUGUCCACUGGGAUAUUUUGGCCUUCGCAAUACAGACAUGAACAAGUGCAUCAAAUGCAAAAUUGAGAACUGUGAGUCCUGUUUCAGUCGAAACUUUUGCACAAAAUGUAAGGAAGGUUUGUAUUUGCACAAAGGGAGAUGUUACGUCACAUGCCCCGAAGGCUACUCUGCUGCCAACGGCACCAUGGAGUGCAGCAGCCCUGCACAAUGUGAAAUGAGUGAGUGGGGGCCCUGGGGGCCCUGCUCCAAGAAGAGAAAGCUCUGUGGCUUCAAGAAGGGCAACGAAGAGCGAACGCGGCGGAUUCUGCAGGCUCCCUCCGGAGACGUGUCCCUGUGUCCUCCCACCACGGAGGUGCGGCGAUGCACUGUGCAGAAGAACCAGUGUCCUGAAGGGAAACGGAAGAAAAAGGAAGAGCAAGGAAAGCAAGAUAAUGCGAAUGGGAAUAGAAAUCGGAAAGACACCAAAGACGCUAAGUCUGGCACCAAGAAGAAGAAGGGCAGACAGAGAGGGGCCGCGGCUGCCGUGACAUCCGCCAGCCCUCCCCAAUAGCUGCCCCUUUCCGUCACCUGAUGGCAAGACAUCAUUGCUGCUAUGUAUAUGAAAGCUUUAUUGAACCAGAGCACUGCUACAUCACACGUACGCGUGUCCAGACAGACAGACAUAUACUCUAGACUGACCCACAGACCCGACAGAAACCACAUACACAAUACUUAAGGAGGCUGCAGGCACCCCCACCACCCAGGACGGACGCUGCCGAGGAAUGGGAGAGCACAGGGAAGGAAGCCCAUCUCCCCAGGGCUCCGCAGGGGAUGCUGCGGGGAGGAGAAGCUGAAUGUGAGUCAGCGAAGGACCCAGAUGUGAGGCUUCAGAGGACUCAACUGGAAACUGGGCGCACAGCCCCAGCGCAGCACGGCUGCAGCCAGUGGGAAGAGAUCGGACCCGCACAGCCGCUCUCCCCAACCUGGGACUGGACUCACACAAAGGCAGUGGCCUCUUUCUCUUCCCCCUACCCUUUAUUUUGUGUUUUAAGCUGUUAUGACUUUAUCAUUGCGAAUACAUGUUAAACGUUUGUGGUAAGAGGUCAGUGGUAUCUGCCCUGAAUCUGCUUCAAAAGAGUUAUUUCGAAUUAAAAUAACAAAAAAACAAAAUGACAACCAGCUUCCUGAGUGUGUGGUUCAUCCUUGGCCCCUAUGGAGGCUGGUGUCCCACAGGACAGAGACUCACUUGCGGAAGGGAAACUCACCAAAGCUUUAAGAAAACCCCAUAAAAUGUUGCCAGCUGCAUUGCAGCCGCAAAUCAUUCGCCCUGCGCUCGCGGGAGCCGGCUGCGCUCGGCAGAGCCCCUGUGGAAUUCCCCACGGAAGGAUCCAGUUCACAGGCAGCAGCAGAUUGAGAAAAUGAGAGGUUACACCAAACCGCAGGUUGCCGAAACGUUGUGACUCUGUUUGUACAGUCACAGCUGCAGGACUCCAUCCCGGGAGAAGGAUGAGCUGAUCCAUCCACCCGGACACCAUCCAGGCACGUGGCAGGUGGGAAGGCAGGCAGGAGGGGGAAGGCACCGUUCGGGCUCUGUAGAAGAGAAGCAAACGUUCAAGUUCGGUAGAAACUACCCCUCUUCAUCCCACCAAGUGGAAUUCCCUGGAUGCAGCACAAGUGCUUCUGCUCUGGAAGAGCCGACACUAGAGCAGAGGAACCGGGACCAGGACGGUGCAGGACAGGGACCUCACGAGACCCACAUGGGGCACACCUGAACAGAGAGCUUUGCCCUUGGCAGUGGCACAAAGGUGGCACACGGCUCUGUUUCCCUCAUAUCUUAGAAUGUGUUUCCUCUGUAGGAAUACGUGCAGACAUUUGAUUCCUCUAGAGUUCAGGAAAAGCCCUCUGGUCCCAAGGGAUGGAGCCACAGCUCCCAGAGGUGUGCCCGGGUGGAUCAGAGAUGCGUUGCUGAAGCUCCUACCUC